GUAGUUAUUUUUCUAUUCAACUACUGUUUUAAUGUUGAUUGUAUUUUUUCAAAUGCAAGUUGUUAGUGACUAAAUUGUGUAAAUAGUAAAAUCCUGACUAUGAGUUAUAAAAACAAGAGUAGUGUAAGUAGCAGGACAAAACUGUUAGUGUCUUUGGCAGUCAAGGGAGACGGAAUUACUUCUCAAUCAGAGAAUUUUGAGGAUAGGUCUGAGUCAAGUACUAUUUUGACUGAAGUAAACAAUCAUCAUAAGGAAGUUAAAGAAAAAGAUUUCUAUUUUGAAUGUAAAAAUAGGUAUACAUUUGAAGACAAUCAGGUUCUUGACAUAGAGAAUCUUCCAAUCACAAUAGAAGACGGAGAUAUUGAAAUUCCUAUUUUAGAAUCAUUCCCCAUUGAAACAUCAGAAAAUGUGGAAAUAUUUAGUAUUAUAAAAAAUAAUGAACAUGGUAUUGAAAACAGUUUCAGAGAGAUUACCACACUCGAUGAUAUAUCUGUGGAAUUUCAACAAUAUAUUCCAACUGAAAAUGAAAAAUGCCAAACUACUGAAUCUAUGAGCAAAGGAAAUGAGACAGAAAAGAAUAAAAAUAGCGCCGAGUUAAAAGAAAUUGUUGAAGAUAGCACUAUUUUUCAGGAAAUUUGUGGAAGUGAUGCGGAUUAUACAUAUUCUGAUCCUGAUUGGUUACCUGAUUCGAAAAUUAGUGCAAAGCGACCAAAACUUAUGAAAAUUGAUAUCAUCUCAAAAAGUUGUUCCGCCAAAGGACAAAAAGAUAGUACGGAUGAUGUUGCAUCUACGCUUGGAAACGUAAGAACUUAUUCCGAGACUCAUUUCAUAGAUGACAACGAAAACGCUGAAAAUCCCAUAGAAGCAGUAGAACCCAGUAAAUAUACAAAAAGAAUAAAAGGUAUAAGGAAAAGAGAAAACGAAAAGUUAAAAAAAAAUCACGGAUUGGACUAUAAAAAUAGGAAAGGCAAAUUGUUUUCAUCUAGAACUUUCAAACCAGUUGAAAAAUGCUGCAUUAAGAGAAAGUGUAAUGAGAAGAUUACAUCAGAAAACCAAAGAAAAAUAUUUAAUGAUUUUUACACACUUCCAGUUUGUGCAAGAGACCAAGCAUUAGCUGACAGAAUUAGAAUUUCUACGCCAGCAGUAAGUCGGAAAAAGGAAGAUACAUGUGAAACCAGAGUUACUCAUGAUCGACUAGUGACUGUGUCAUACUAUGUUACUUUAGAUGGAACUACAACAGAAAUAUGUAAAACUAUGUUCAUUGGUGUUUUUGGUUUAAGUAGAGGCAAGGUGGAUGUCAUUAUUCAAAAAGUGAAAGCUUCUUCAUCUAGAAUUAUCCAAGGAGAUAUGCGAGGUAAGCACCCACAACAGUUUAAAACUACUAGCGAGGAAAUUGAAGAUAUUAAUGCAUUCAUAGACAGAUAUCCUAGGCAUGAGAGCCACUAUGCUAGGAGAGAUAGCUCCUCUAAAAAAGUAUUUCUACCAAGUAAUUUAAAUGUUAAGAUUAUGUAUAAGGAAUAUUGUGAGCACAGAAAUGAAAAUGGUCACACUAAGUCCGCAUGCUAUGAUGUUUUUAGAAAACAGUUUAAUGCCAAAGGAUAUAAAUUUAAAGAACCAUUUAUUGACACAUGCAACAAAUGUGAUGAGUUUAUUUUAAAGAAAAGACAUUCAACCAAUAAAUCUGAUCGCCAAAUUGUUUCUGAUAUGCACGACUCUCACAUCAAAGAGGCCCAAGAGGGUUAUGAUAUGAAAAAUCAUGAUAAAAAUCUAGCGAAGUACUAUGACAAUAGAGUUCUAUUAGUGUUUGAUCUCCAACAGGUUCUUCCUGUACCUUACUUAUCAUCAAAUAUUGCAUAUUAUAAGAGGUUUCUAUCCAUGUACAACCUCACUAUAAGAAACUGUUCAAAUGACCAGGAUUCUUCUUAUUGCUGUAUGUGGAGUGAGAUAGAUGCAGGCAGAGGCUCUGAUGAAAUUGCCUCGUGUGUUUUCAAAAAAAUUAUGGAUCUUCCAAACAAUAUCGAGUAUGUCACCACAUACUCAGACACCUGUGGAGGACAAAACCGAAACAUUAACAUUGCCGCCAUGUUUUGUUAUGUUCUGACCAAGAAGAAAACCAUUCAGGUAAUUGAUCAAAAAUUUUUGCUACCUGGUCAUACACGUCUCGAAUGCGACAGCGAUCAUGCUCGUAUUGAAAGAGCGAAAAAAAUACUUCACUCUUCAGUUAACAAAAACAGUAUCAGUGAUACGUACAGAAUCAUGGUGCCACGUGAUUGGUGUCAGUUCGUCCGCACACUUUCUGGGAGAAAGAAAUUUAAAGUUAUUGAAAUGCAACAACUUGACUUUAAGGAAUUUUCUAGUCUGUUGAAAAAUGUGUUGGUCCAUCGGAAAACUGACAGUGAAAAACAAAAAGUCGAAUGGUUGAAAAUCAGGUGGCUACGAUACACUCAAGAUUUUGGACAAAUUUAUUUCAAGUACGAUCUUAACCCAUUUUCUCCAUUUAAAAGCUUUAGUAUAUUGAGGGGUAAGAAGGGUCGACCAGAAAACUUGGAAGUUGCAAGAUCAUAUGCUGGACCUUUGCCAAUAAACCCGAAGAAAAAGAAGGAUCUUCUCUCAAUGUUUAGCCUCAUUGAUCCCCAGUUCCAUUCGUUCUACAAGAAGCUGACCACUGAUACAAACAGUCGUAAAAUCAUUCCACCAGAUGACAAUUCACAAGAAAUAUUUAACGUCCAAAAUACCUUUAAAUCAGAAAUAGGAUUCUAUGAAAAAAUUGUACCGACGCUUCAAAACUUCCAAAGAAAACAUAAAAUCGCAGACAUACUUGAUUUGUUUCCUAAAUUUUAUGGAAGCAGACUUAACUUAAACGGAAGCGACAAAGUUGAUAGAGAUGGUGUAUUAUUACUAGAAAAUUUAAAAAUAGAAGGAUACGAUAAUUUAGACCGGUAUAUUGGAUAUAACUUGGAAGAUGCCAAAGCCCUUCUUCGAGAUCUUGCUGUAUUCCAAUCAACAGUCGUCGCUUUAAAAAUUAAACAGCCGGAUGUAUUCAACAAAGAAGUUAAACCAUUUUGUAACAAUAAUUUGGCUACUCCUGAGGAUGAUCCAUUUAGAAAAAUGAUAUUAGUGAACGUAGCUUGGGAAAAACAGGAACACAAAACUGAAGUGAGAGAACCAUUUGCAACGAUCGUGCACCGUGACCUUUGGGUCAACAAUAUAAUGAUUAAAUACGAAAAUGGAAAACCACCAAAGAACAAGUUUAUUGACUUUCAACUGUACGAUUACGGUUCCCCUGCUUCGGAUGUUCUUAACUUUAUAUUUACUAGUGUCCAGACGAAUGUUUCUAGAAACUAUUUUGAUGAUUUGAUACAGCAUUACCAUACAGAAUUUGUGUCCAACCUAAAACGUUUUAGAUGUGAUACUGAACCGUUCAAUUAUACAAAUUUUCUAAGAGAGUUGAAGAUGGAAUCGGAAAUAAUUUUGGGAUGGACUACUGGUUUUGUUACGCUUGUGGUAUUUGGUAAAAAGAAUGAAAGUUUCAUGGACGAUCCCAACCCAGAUUUUGAAGAUCCCAAAUUUAGGCAAAAAGUUAGGGAUGGAUUGAUGCCGGAAGCCCUAGAGAGGUUCUUUUUUAUAUUACGUCAGUACCAUAGAUGUAACUGGAUAUAAUCGACAAGACCAAUGGUUAAAUUUUAUUAACGCAAUUUUUUUGUGGUAAUUAUUUAAUAGAAUUGUUAUGUUUAAUAUAACAUAAAAAGCCAAUA